CACAGCAUCACAGAAACAUACAACACACAGCAUCACAGAAACAUACAACACACAGCAUCACAGAAACAUACAACACACAGCACCACAACCAAAACAUCAAUCCAUCUCCAUCAGCAACAUGAGCCGCUGGCGACAUUUUGACUCUGACCGGGAACGUCUUCCCGACGACUUGGUCCGUAUCGGCUACGACUCUGAUACCCAGCAAUACACUUUCCAGGGCUCCGACGGAUCCAUCUGGGAAGGGCCUUCGGGCAGCUCCUACGGCAACCUCACUCGCAUCUCAGGGCCGACGACCACGGCUGGACCGUCGUCGUCUCGCAAUGGAGUCUCGGCAAACGAGGCCUCUGAAGGUGAAUAUUACUACGAGGUCUACGAGGAAGAGGAGGCUGACUACGAGUACGAGGACCAGGACAGCUACGGAAGACACCAUCACAACCAGCCGAUGUAUCGGUCCGAAGAACAUCAACAGCAAUACUACCGUCCCAACACGUCUGACAUGGCGAGACCAUCCCAGACACAACAGCAACAACGCCAACACUACCAAGGCCAGCCCAACUCGUCAGAGCACUGGCGGCCCGUCCCCAGAGAAAAUCUGACGCGGUCUGCAACCGAGUACUACCCCCGUCAAUCGGGCCGAAGUGGUGGUGACGUCCCCCCUCGUUCCUCCUCGUACAGGCACGAAAGACGCCAGGAACAGGGGCAGUCCCAGCAGCAGCAGCAGCAACGUCAUGAGGAAGCAAGACAGACGCGCCGCAGCCUCGACAACAACUUCAACAACGCCGCCGAGCGCUUGGCACAAGCUCGCCGAGAGUCCCGCCGUCUGCAGAUGGAGAGGGCCCGCGAGGGUGGUGCCGCCGGAGCGCUCCGUGCGCUAGUUGGCAGGGUGCGGCAGACCUUCGAUUCGAUCCAGUAUGAAAUGCGAGAGGGAGGGGCUGCGGGUAGGCAGCGACGUCCUUCCCAAAGACAGCAGGAGUCGGGUUCCCGGAAUCCAGACAGGCGACCUAACCAUUAUGGUAGGGAUCGGGGGCAGACCAUGUAAUGUAUUGACUUGGGCCUGGCAGGAAAGAACAAAGCCGGACAAAGCCGGAUAGAAGAAGCAGGACUUUUUGUAUCACGAACAGCAUGUAGGCGAACAAUGUCAUCUAGCGCGGUGGCAUCGUAGUAGAGAAAUGGAAUGGAAAUUGGAAACAUACAAUGAUACCAAUACU